AUGUUUGACAUUGUGACAUGGAUUUUUCCCCCACCUACGUUGAAUAUGAAUUAUAGGUUGGUUCCUGCACUACAGGUGGACCUGUGGCAGCCCAGCAGUAUCUCCUAUGUAUCAGAGGGAACAGUUACUGAUGUCCAUAUUCUCCAGAAUGGCUCCCAAGCCCUGUUAGCCUUCUUACAGGAAGCCAACAUCCAGUACAAGAUUCUCAUAGAAGAUCUUCAGAAAGCACUGGAAAAGGGAAGUAGCUUGCAAGCCCAGAGAAAUCGAAGAUCCCUCUCUGGAUAUAAUUAUGAAGUUUAUCACUCCUUAGAAGAAAUUCAAAAUUGGAUGCAUCAUCUGAAUAAAACUCAUUCAGGCUUCAUUCACAUGUUCUCUAUUGGAAGAUCAUAUGAGGGAAGAUCUCUUUUUAUUUUAAAGCUGGGUAGAAGAUCACGACUCAAAAGAGCUGUUUGGAUGGACUGUGGUAUUCACGCAAGAGAAUGGAUUGGUCCUGCCUUUUGUCAGUGGUUUGUAAAGGAAGCUCUUCUAACAUAUAAGAGUGACCCAGCCAUGAGAAAAAUGUUGAAUCAUCUAUAUUUCUAUAUCAUGCCUGUGCUUAAUGUUGAUGGAUACCAUUUCAGUUGGACUCAUGAUCGAUUCUGGAGAAAAACAAGGUCAAGGAACUCAAGAUUUCACUGCCGAGGAGUUGAUGCCAAUCGGAAUUGGAAAGUGAAAUGGUGUGAUGAAGGAGCUUCCAUGCACCCUUGUGAUGAUACAUACUGUGGCCCUUUCCCAGAAUCUGAGCCAGAAGUGAAGGCUGUAGCUAACUUCCUCCGAAAACACAGAAAACACAUUAAGGCUUAUCUCUCCUUCCAUGCAUAUGCUCAGAUGUUGCUAUAUCCCUAUUCUUAUAAAUACGCAACAAUUCCCAAUUUUAGCUGUGUGGAAUCUGCAGCCUAUAAAGCCGUGAAUGCUCUUCGGUCAGUAUAUGGGGUACAAUAUAGAUAUGGACCUGCCUCUACCACGUUGUAUGUGAGUUCUGGUAGUUCGAUGGAUUGGGCCUACAAAAAUGGAAUAUCCUACACAUUUGCUUUUGAACUACGGGACACCGGGCAUUUUGGAUUUUUACUCCCAGAAAUACUCAUCAAACCCACCUGUACAGAAACCAUGCUGGCUGUGAAGAACAUCACAAUGCACCUGCUAAAGAAGUGUCCCUAA